AUGGCACAGAAUACCACUUUCAUCUUGGAUUCUCUAAUGCGCCAUGUGACACGCUUGAAACCUCAGUGGCGAUUGCACACAUCUCGAAGAUCUGGAAGGGCAGAUCGUCAUGCCUGCUUCACAACGGCUCCACGCUCUGGCGCUUUCGAACUUCCACCACAGCCGACCGCAAGCAGUGAAGAUGGCGGCCGUACCAUCCGAACUAGACAACAUACCAACAAGAGCCUUCCUUUACCACCAAUUCUGGAUCCAGUCCUGACGGAGAAUCGCGAAGGGCAUGCCGCUGCGAAGCCAACAAGCCUGAGCGAAGACGAGGGCCUAACCGAUUAUCAAAAGGCUCUUCAAGGCAAUCCAUUCGCAUGGGCACUCGCCACGCCCAUUCGACAAUGCAGUAUCACCCGCGUACGCCUCCCGAGUUACUUCUUGAUACCGUUCCAGAGUGAGCUGCCGUGGCUAGGAGCCGAGCCCGCGAAUGGGAAUACCCAACCCGCGGUGCCACGAAUCGUCCCUGCAAUUUUUGGGGUCAAGAGCAAGGCAACACAGAGUUAUGCUUUGGGCACCAGAGAAGCUAUCUCGUCACUAGCCGUCCAGGAUGGCAAGCGGCCCAGAUGGCCAGUACUGGUCAACAUAUACAUGGAGCGCUUGUAUGCUCUGCUUAUGGAAAAGCAAAUGCACAAUGUGAAGCCCCCAAAGGAAUGGCAUUGUGACACCGAGAAUCUGGUGCAGCAAGUGCGGGACCAGCUGGCUCGCGAUGUGAAGCAUUGUUUGGCGCAGUGCAUGCGCGCUCGCACGGCUGGGAAAGAUCGAGUUGUGGCCUCGCUAUCCGCCGAGGGAGAGUCCUUGCCUGAGGACCUUGCUUGCAUAGUGCGGAUAGAAAACGAGGAAUUCAAAGGUCAAGCUGAGACUCAUGCUCACUGCUUCGAGUAUAAGGUCAGCGAGAAGGAUGUUGGCAAUCUGGCCAACAGCCGCAAGCUAAAGAAGCGCGGAAUCGUCUUACGGAAGCAUGUGACAGCUACGUACGCGAUGACAGCCCUAGAAAGGUUACGCGACUUUGAGAGGACUGAUGAGCCUGGUUUGUAA